AUGCUUUCUGAAUGGCAUAGUUUUAUAAGUCGACCAGAUGAAUUUGAUGAAUUUGAUACUAAUGACUUUGAUGAAUCUAAUAAACUUGAUAAAUCCAAUAAGCUGGAUAAAUUUGAUGAGCUUGAUAAAUUUAAUAAAAAAUUACAAAUAAUUAGUGAAUUUAUGACUGCAGACAUGAAAAUUUCAGAGCUUUCAAAAAAUUUAAAAGAUUUGAAAAAAC